UCUGACCAGCAGAGGCUCAUCUUUGCAGGCAAACAGCUGGAAGAUGGCUGCACUCUUUCUGAUUACAACAUCCAGAAAGAGUCUAGCCUGCACCUGGUCCUCCAUCUGAGGGGUGGUAUACAGAUCUUCGUGAAGACCCUGACCGGCAAGACCAUCACCCUGGAGGUGGAGUCCAGUGACACCAUCGAGAAUGUGAAGGCCAAGAUCCAGGAUAAGGAAGGCAUCCCCCCGGACCAGCAGAGGCUUAUCUUUGCAGGCAAACAGCUGGAAGAUGGCUGCACUCUUUCUGAUUACAACAUCCAGAAAGGGUCAACACUGCACCUGGUCCUCCGUCUGAGGGGUGGCUGUUAAUUAUUCAGCCUUGCAUUCAUAAUGCCC